UCACUCCACUUCCUAAAACCCAAUCUAUCCAAAACUGAGCUCAUAAUAUUUCCUCCCCCACGUGCCUCUUCCCCUAAUAUCUCAGUCAGGAUCAAUAGCACCACUAUCAACCCAUCCCUGCAUGCCAGGGUGCGAGGGGGAACCAUGGAUUCUGAAAUAUCCUUUCAGGCCCACAUCCAAUCCAUAAUACACCCCUUCCUGACCAAUCACACCGCAAAGUUACUAAUUCACUCCCUGGUCAUCUCCCACCUCAACUACUGCAACUCCCUCCUCAUUGGCAACCAAUCACUGUCCUCCACCCCUCUCUACCAAUCCCUCCACUGGCCUCCAUUCAGUGUCCUCCACCCCUCUCUGCCAAUCCCACCACUGGCCUCUAUUCCGUGUCCUCCACCCCUCUCUGCCAAUCCCUCCACUGGCCUCCAUUCAGUGUCCUCCACCCCUCUCUGCCAAUCCCUCCACUGGCCUCCAUUCAGUGUCCUCCACCCCUCUCUGCCAAUCCCUCCAGUGGCCUCCAUUCAGUGUCCUCCACCCCUCUCUGCCAAUCCCUCCACUGGCCUCUAUUCAGUGUCCUCCACCCCUCUCUGCCAAUCCCUCCACUGGCCUCCAUUCAGUGACCUCCACCCCUCUAUGCCAAUCCCUCCACUGGCCUCCAUUCAGUAACCUCCACCCCUCUAUGCCAAUCCCU